UAUGGGACACGCUGGGGGAUCCAAUGACGUCAGAAGCACUCUUACACAUUCAUACGGUGUAGCAGACUUACUAUUCUGGGAAGUGGGGCUAGGAAAAGGCCGACUCUGCCUCUUUAUUGCGAGUUCCUUCAUUUGCUGUCGCGUAUCGGGGGCACAACAAACAGCUAUUACCGUGAGAUGGUGCAACAGCAUGUAGCUUGUAGGCUAUGUUAAACAUCGGCUCUAUUAUUGGCGGAAAGUGAAUAGCCUACCUCUUCCGUAGGCUAGUUAAAAUAAUUCUCGUUGUGAUCCUUCGAGCCUAACAGAGGUACAUAAACGUCUCAGAAUCGUCUGUGGUGGCUGAUGCUGUUGGACAUUUAAUGCAACGCACUUCAGAUAUGAUACGUGACCUCGGAGAAUGUACACAGUGAAAUUUGGCCUGACGGAAUGCCAUGGACAAGAGGGAUCAUUAAAAGCAGUUGUCUGCAUCGUCUUUGAAUUUUGGCCAAGGCUUGUUUCUGAGGGUCUGAGGAAUCAUUUAACACAAUCCUAAGAAAAAACAAUAGGCUCGUGCUACAGCCCCUUUUCCCUUGUGUCACUGGCCUCCCCCAUCAGAUCACCAACAGCCCAAACAGCAAUAAAAGCUGAAUCAUCCUACCUGCAGUCACCAGAGAGGAUCAGUCCACCCCCAAUCUCCUUCAGCUCUCUGAUGAUCCCUCUCUGCUCCUUCUGCCAGGCCUGCACGAUGUCACUUACUGAAAUACUGGACCAUCAACUGUCUACUCUUGAUUAUGGGAUCCAUCUGGAAAUGUGAAACACUGCAAGCACAUCACAUUCUUCCAUCUUCAUCUUGUUGCCUCUGCUGGAUAGUACAGGGAUCACACACUGGGAAGACCAGGACAACAUAAAACUGAACAUCAAGGAUUUUUUUCCAAGUGUGAGGUGUGACAUACAGUAAAAGAAAUGAACUGAUGGGAAAGGACUAUAUCGGUAAAAUAUGGAACAACCUGAAAGGGAUGUAUCUUUUCUGAUGUUCGGAACAUAUGCAUAAGCAAUUUAAUGAGCAUCCUUACUUAACACAGUAUAAUAAAGGGGAUAAUGGAGCAUCAUGAAUCAGCUGCAGAACAAAAAUGCAACAAGGAGACUGGAGAGAAGAGCAUCCUACAGAGAAAAUGGGUUUCAGAGCCAUCACCUAAUAAUAGACUGUUUUCAGACCUAGAUGGGAAAGAUCAAUCAGGACUUGAAGGUCUACAGGGUGGGGUGAGUGGGUGCAAGUCCACUAGUUUGGGACUAAAGUAUCACCCUGAAAAACGUUUGUCAUCUGCAAUGAGUCGGUCAUCUGAAAACAACCAGUGCCCACAAGUCAACCCUGCCUCUUAUUCCCAAAAGUUACCACAUUCAUAUCCACAACAGCUAAUGCAAAAAUCUGUAUUGCCUGGCACAAAGCCACAGCCUAGUCCAGAAACUCGUACCUGGCAACUGAAAUGUCCUUCCUCAGAUGACAUGUUCCUUGAACACAUCCAUAGCCAGGGAGUCUUCCCACAACAAAAGUCUCCAAGUUCACCUGUGGUAUUUCUACAAUAUUCUCAGCCAGGAUCUGAGCAAUAUGAGGAAAUACAUAAAAAGGAACUGAAACCGAAGAAACCAGGAAGAUAUGUCUGCAACUACUGCGGCAGGGCUUGUGCUAAACCCAGUGUGUUGAAGAAGCACAUUCGUUCACAUACCGGAGAACGCCCCUAUCCCUGUGGUCCAUGCGGCUUUUCCUUCAAAACCAAGAGUAAUUUGUAUAAACACAGAAAAUCCCAUGCCCAUGCUAUUAAAGCAGGACUUGUUCCAUUUUCUGAACAGGUAGCUACACGUGCAGACAUGGAUCAGGCCUCUUUAGUUGGAGAGGCAGACAUACAUUCAGAUGUAGAACAAAGUACAGAUACAGAGGAAGAAACCACAGAGGGUCUUUUAUUCCAGGACAACAUUUGCCAAAUUCCACAGAUAUCAUUUGAGUCUGAGUCAAGCGCAAUGGAAAUGAUUGGGCAACCAGCAUAUGUUGAUUCGGCAGAUGAGUCAUCAGUGGCAUCUAUGAAAGUGCCUAUCUUAAUUAUUCCCAAACAGGGGAUCCCAUCAACAUCAAUGGAAUGCACUGAUUCUCAAGCUGUUCAAGGCGAUGAGUCCCAUGCUAUCAAACAGAGGUUUGCUUUGAGACUUACUGAGAAAAAAGGCCAGGACUCGGAGCAGUCUCUUAAUCUAUUGAGCCCACAUAGCAAAGGCAGUACAGAUUCAGGCUAUUUUUCAAGGUCUGAGAGUGCAGAGCAACAAAUUAGCCCACCCAACACCAAUGCAAAGUCCUAUGAAGAGAUCAUGUUUGGAAGGUAUUACAGGCCCAAUGCCAGACUGAGACAGUCCAUCACUGUGGGAAUGGCAACCGGUCAAGACAAUACCAUUUUCAGUAUGCAUGAGUCUGAUGCUAUGCUGGAUGUGGGAAUGAGAUCACUGGAACACAGGCUCUUGACAGAUGACAGUUCAGACUUACAAAUGGUACCUAGAUGUGACAUACAAGUAUAUGCCACUGAUCCUUACCACAACAGUAGUCUUUUAGAAGCACCUUCUGAUUCAGGGCCUCUGAUGCGUAGCAACUCAAUGCCAACAUCCUCCCUAACAAAUCUUAGUGUUCCACCAGGCCUCAGAGUGAGUCACUCAUUUGAUGAAAUGAUGACUCCAGAUGAUGUCUUCUAUCCCGGUGCAGCUAGUUUACGAAGACUGAGGAGACAAGCUGCUUUUGAACAUUCAGCUCAUGAGGGACAUGCGGAUUCAGAAAACAUAGGUGUUCUUGCCAAGAAUACAGUUCCACCAUUAAAGUAUUGGAACAAAGGAAAUCUAAUUCAAGAUUUUAGGUCCUCAAGAAAAGAAUGUGUUCCUGACAUGGAAAGAACCCCUUUUGUCUCACAUACUUAUAGAGUUGAAAACACCACCAGAAAACGCAGAAAGGAAAAGAGUGUUGGAGAUGAGGAAGACUCUGUCGGACACUAUGACAAUAGUAACAGUGGUUGUGUUGAAAUAGUUGGGGAUUAUGAUCCAAAUAUGGGUCAAGAUGUUUCAAGAGGUACAUCUACUGGAAAAUGGUCCAUGUGUAGUUCACAUAGUCAGUCAGACAGUUUUGAUAAUGUGGCUGGAAUUAGUUCUGAUGUUAUUAUUUCAGAUCUUGACCGAAAGGCAACAGGUAAUGUGAUCUCUGUUAUACAGCACACAAACUCAUUGAGUAGGCCAAGCUCAUUUGAGAAUUCUGACUCCAUUGAUCUUCCAUCUUAUCAAGACAAACCAAACAGAAAGUUAUCAGAGCACUCGGACACUGAAAACAUUGAGGAUGGUAAAAAACCUGAGUUUGCAUUGAGAUCUGAAAGCAAAGAGCGGCAGCAACAAAGUGAUGGUGAACUGGUUGGUCUGUCACCAAACCAGCAGUAUCAUAUGCCUCAUAAACUUGUGAGGCAGCCAAACAUUCAAGUGCCCGAAAUCAGAGUGACAGAGGAACCAGACAAACCAGAGAGAGAGCCAGAGGCAGCAGCUAAGGAACCAGAGAAGCAACACAUUGAAGAAUUCCAGUGGCCUCAAAGAAGUGAAACUCUGUCACAACUCCCAGCAGAAAAGUUACCUCCCAAGAAAAAGCGCCUUCGUCUGGCGGACAUGGAAUACUCAUCUGGUGAAUCAAGCUUUGAGUCCACUUGCACAAGUCUAUCAAGGAGUCCCAGUCAGGACAGUAAUCUGUCUCACAGCUCCAGUUUCUCUAUGUCAUUUGAAAAGGAGGAAAGUAUAAAAUGCAUGUCCCCAACCAAACUGGAAGAUUUAUGCAAGCAAUCCGAGUUUUUAACUGUUCCAGGAAGUGGAUACUCUCUCUCUAUACCAGGCCACCACAACAGGGAAAUGCGACGUUCCUCAUCAGAACAGGCUCCCUGUACAUUACCUGCAGAGGUACCAGAGAUUCGUAGUAAGUCAUUUGAUUAUGGAAGUCUUUCUACCACUUCCAGACAAGGAGAGUUAUAUGCAAGUCCUUCAUCUUUAAAAGAACGUAGACGGGGUUACCUUGUCAGGCAAGCAUCCCUAAGUGUGUACCCUGACACUGCUUUGCAAGAACAAAAUGUAGAAACAAGUAUGAAGCAAGAACAUUCUGAAAUUGCACCCCAUCUCUCAAGUUUAGGUUGGCAUAGUAGUUCCCUUACAACUUCUCAUGGUACAACUACUAGUGAAGAACCAAAAUCAAAGAGAGCACAAGGAUCAUCAGACUGUGAAAAUUCUACAAAAGAGUCAAAACAUCAAGAAGCGUUGCAUCCUUCCUUAUCCCCAAAGUUUCAAUACUGGGAUUCCUUCACACAAAGGCAACAACACUCUCUGUCUUCCAGUAAACAUCACUUACCUAAAGUACGUGUCAGACAUCCCAGUUUUCUGCCAGUUCACCAGCAGCUUCCCCAAACUCUUCAUCAAGAACAUUGUGAUUCAGAGACAGAUAGGGGUUGCAGUCAAAGCUAUCUUCAUCAUCUUCAAUCACAUUCCUCUCAAACACCUUCUAUAAGUUCAGAUUCCCCGCAGCACCCCCAGCCAGUUGUUUCCACUUUAAAUGUAAGGUCUGAGUCAUCUUUCCCAGGAAUGCUGGUCCCUGUCAGAAUCCAGACUCAUGUGCCAUCAUACAGUAGCAUCAUGUACACAAGUGUGUCAGAGAUCAUGGCUACGCAUGCACAAUGCACAACUUCAAGGGUUAUAUCCACAGAAAACACAUUGCCAAUUUCACUGUCAGGAAUAGCUUCAAAGCAUGAAACAGGGGUCCACCUAUCACACAUUUUUGGACAUCCACAUCCAUCUGUGCAAUAUCCAAUCUUGACAAUUCCAGAGUCAUUGUCUGGAAGAUUGAACACAGGAAUUCCUCUGUCUUUGACAUCUGGAACAAUGUCAACUACAGAUGCUUCAUCUGGCAUUGGAGCAAGCAAACGUAUGUUAUCACCAGCCAGUAGCCUAGAACUCUUUAUUGAGACCAAACAACAGAAACGGGUCAAAGAGGAGAGAAUGUAUGGGCAAAUAGUGAAAGAGCUUAGUGCUGUAGAGCUUAGCAACACAGGUGCAAGUAAAAGUAACAGAAAGCCAACAGAUAUUUUACACAAUGACGAACAAGACAAAAUCACAUUACCCCCAACAUCAUCCUUGCCAAUUAUGCAAGACACUCAGGAUAGGUCAAAAGAGCAGUUGAAUGUUGAUGAAUCUGUUGCAGAGGCUCACUGUGGUCAAAAAACAGUGUUCUCAAGAGAUGUUCAAGAUGAGAGCAAGCAGGAUACGGGCAACAAAAUACCAGUCAAAAUGCUCAUACAACUUGCUGCAAAUCAAGGUGGUGGUGGUUCUGGGAGCACAUUUCUGCUCACUGAUUUAGCAGAUGUACAACAGUUCUUUCAGUUCCCAACUCUUCGGACAACGACUAGUGUGAGCUGGUGCUUCCUUAAUUACACCAAGCCAAACCAUUCUCAAAUAACCCCCUUGAGUUCUGUGUAUGGCUCUUGGUGUGUAAGUUCCUACAAUCCAAACCCAUUAAGCCUUAGUACAAAGGCCACCUUAGCCCUGCUUUGCUCAAGGCAGAGAAAGAACACUGAAACCUAUACAACCGCUGCUAUGCAUCAACUUGGGUCUGGAAAACUUGUGCCAUCUCUCUUGUGGAAGCAGAGGUUUGUCCAGCUGAAGUCAGAAGUCACACAACUAGAUUCAGGCAAAUAUAGUCAUCAAAAGAAGUGCACAAGAGAGAAUGGAAAUGAUGACCAUGGAGAAAAAGAGCCUAUUUCAAAGCAAGAUGAGCCAACUCGCAUAAAAAUUUUUGAAGGAGGGUACAAAUCUAAUGAAGACUAUGUUUAUGUGCGAGGUAGAGGAAGAGGAAAGUACAUAUGUGAAGAGUGUGGAAUCCGCUGUAAAAAGCCAAGCAUGCUGAAAAAACACAUUCGCACUCAUACUGAUGUGAGGCCUUAUGUCUGCAAAUUCUGCAAUUUUGCUUUCAAAACUAAAGGAAAUCUCACAAAGCACAUGAAAUCAAAAGCUCACAUGAAGAAAUGCUUGGAGCUUGGGGUGUCAGUGACCUGUGUUGAUGAUGUGGAAGCAGAGGAAGCAGAUACUGCAGAGGAAAACCCACAAGAUUGUGGGCAAUUUGGCAUGGCUGACCAUCAGUUCUCUGAUGCAGAUGACUCAGAUGGGCCAGACGAUGAUGGAGAUGAGAUAGACGAGGAUGAAGAAGAUGAGGAAGAAUAUGAUGGUGAUUCUACACCAAAGACAUGUUCUAGAAGCACAAGCCCUCAGCCCCAUAGCCUUGCUUUGCUUGCCGCUACUGUGGUUACUGCCUCCCAAGGAUCUUCUGGAAACUUUUUGCACUCUGGCUCUAAAUCUCCACUAUUCAGUUACUUAACAAGCCUGCCCAGCAUCCAGGUCACACAGCUGAGAAACUACAUGAACCAACUGAGUGUGCCCAAUUCUAUGGAUGAAGAUUCCAGCCUGUCACCAGAGCAUACCCCCUCCUCUUUUGACCUCUCCCCAUCCUGUCUAUCUUCUCCAGGGUGUGACUCCUCUCCUCUUAGAGAGCCAUCUCCCACAUCCCAGAGAUACCUCUCUCCCAAGGGGGACUUCUCACCCCGUAGACGCUUGUCCCCCAGAAGAGAGGCCUACCAUCUCCGGCAUUUAUCUCCUCGGAGGGACAUCUUCCAUAGAGAUGUGUCCCCCAGGGGUGACCAUUCGCCGAUAAACCUCCUUUUACCCAUAUCUAAUACAGGGAGACCCACAUCUCCAGGACGUGAGCUGAGCAGUAGAAGAGAUCUUUCCCCAAGGAGUCGCUAUAGAGUGAGACCUGUGUCCCCCAGGAGGGGUCUACAUCAUCAAAACUCCCCCUGGAGUCUGGGGCAAAACCUUCAGGCAGAGUUUACAUCACUGGCACUAAAGACAAGGGGUCCAUCUGAAUCAGAAACAGAGCAGAUACAGAAGAUGGAUUGUGACAGAAACAGCAGUGGUAAAGGAAUAGCCACCUCCCACCAUGGCCUGUUCAGCCACCUGCCCCUACACUCCCAACAGCAGAUUCAUACACCCUUCCCAAUGAUCCCCAUUGGGGGCAUCCAGAUUGUGCACUCUGUCAGGCCCUCCAUUACAGGCCUUACCCAUCCUGCCCAUCUGUCCUUACAGAAGAACACAUCAAAGGAGUCCAAUGCUAAUGAAGUGUUCUUCCAAGUGGAAGAUGGCAGCGUGCCCCGUGGUAGAUUGGACUCCUCUCAGACCCAGGGAAACAUGUUGUUUUCCCCAAUGGGAAAGCAAUCACAGCCUUCAGUUAGUGUGCUUACUGAAAAAUCUGAAAGGGAUGUGGAUGAAAUCUCAGAUAAGGAUAUUAAACAGGAGGAGAGCAUACAGACUUGCACCAAGGCCAUUGCCUCUCUCCGGAUUGUUUCAGAAGAGCCUUUAGAGAAAUCUCUGUCCACUGAUAAUCCACCAUAUCAACAGCCAUCCACAUCCUCCCAUUCUCCCAUAAACCCUGAAAAGAUGGCAUCAAUCAAAAUUCAUCCCUCAAAUGAGUUAGACACCAGGCAGUCAUUGAAUGGCUCUGCCAUUCCACUGCACUCCAGCAUGGAAAAUGUAUUAAGUUACCUUCCUCUCAACAGUAAAAGCGGUGAGAAAAAACUACCACUUUUAAAAAGCCAUGGGGAAAGGUUGUUAAACACAAAUAGGGUAAACAACUGUACAGAAAAUGAAUAAAUGUGGCUAAAAGGGAAAUUUAGAACAAACAUUAUAUUUUAAUGUUUACACAUGUAUAAUACAUGCUAACAUAUCUUAAUUCAUUAGGCAACACAAUACAUUUUAUUUCUUUGCAGUUGAAAUGUACUGUCUGUGCAUAGCAUGCCUUUGUAAAAAAUAUUAACUGUUUUUAACAUAUACAUUGAUGAAAAUAUAUACAAACCUAUACAUGAACUUGACCAAACAUGCGGAUAGAUAUUUGCCUGGUACUCUUACAGUAAAUCUAAAAUAUGUGUGCCUUUUCUUUACUUUCUACAUAUAGUCUUACUAGCAUCUCAAGCAGGAAGGCAUGUAAAUUACCAUGUUUUUAUGUCUGCUAUGUAAUAAUGCAAUAGCCUGCGUGAUUUGAACAACAGAGAUUGAAUGAUGUGAUUUAUCAGUGUAUGUAAGGUUGCACUAAAACAUAUUUUUAUAUGACAAAAUGAAAUUGAUUUUCUGUAUAGUAAUUCUAUAAUACUAUUUAUUGUAUCACGUUUCAUACAUUGUACAAAGUUCUUAAUGUUGUGGAUGCCUUUUCUAAGUGAAGCAUGGGUUUUGCUAUUUUAUAAUUAGAGCUACAACUGUGCACUGUAGAUAAGCUUUUACAUUGGCACACACAGUAAUAAUAUGUCAUAAACAUACAGCUUCAUUUCCCUAUACAUAUGUGCAUGUGUCAACCCAUGUUUCAGAUAUAUUGGCAUAGAAUGUAGUAUGGUCAUUUGUCUAUUUUUGCCAUUUUCUCGCCUUGCUGAAUUACCUACAGCAGUCGUAACAGAUGUCUAUCACAUUUUGCUCAUUUACAAUUUUGUCUCUACAGAAAGCAUUAAGUGAAUUUUAAUUGAAUCAACCCAAGCCCUUGUGCAUUUUUGUAUUUGUGCAUCCAACUCAAGCUUGCUGCAACAGUACUGAAGUUUUAAACACAUUUUAAACUUACAUGAAUAAUGUGAUGUACUUGAUUAAUUGAUAAGUGUAGACAGCAUUCCAGCAGUGCACAUUUAAUUCCUUAUCAGUGAAUAAUGUACUCAUAUGUUCAUAAUCAUGGGCAACAAGCCUUUGUAAAAAAAAGCACAAGUACAUAUCUACUUCAAGUAAAACUCUAAAAAUGCACCUUAAAUGUAAAAUA